GAAGGUCUCGCGCCUGUUUGUGUUGCAGGAAAGAAAAAACCGGUGACAGCUCCGGGAGGGAGGCGGCGCUCACUCAGACCUGCUGCCCGGACCCUCGCUCCCCUCCCGGCCACUGCUCUGCUGCAGCACCGGGACUCACCGAGAGGGACUCACGAGAGGGACUCACCGAGAGGGACUCACCAAGAGGGACUCACGAGAGGGACACACCGGGGAAACACCGGGGACAUCCAGAUCUGCUUUCAUAUUUUAGAAGGGGGGUGCACGCGCUGCAGCAGCACUUUUACAUAUUUCCUCGCCGCUUCUCUUCUUCAGCGGGAGGAAUCACGGAGCCUCUCCGGCGGCGGGGCGGAGCAGCAGCGGAGCCGGAUCAGAGCCCAUGCGGACCGGACUGACUUAUCAAUGAAGCAGGACAUCAUGGCGGAGGGUCCCCGCUGCAAGAGGCGAAAGCAGGCCAACCCCCGGAGGAAGAACGCAGUGUUGAAUUAUGAGAAUGUGGUGGAGACGGGUUCGGAGACAGACGAGGACGACAGGACUCCAGCAUCUGAGGAGAACGGCCUCGCUAACGGAGGAGAGAGAGGAGGGGAGGAUGAGGAGGCGGGCAGCCCGGCCGGCGUGCCGCAUCUGGAGGCGUCACCGCGGGUUGCCCACGCCCUGCUGUCCUACCGGGACCCGGAGGGCUCAGAGGGACUGCAGAACCACCGUCACCGCUGGAGGAUCGGAGACAACAGCAACGGAUUGAAUGGAGCCGGUGACAGGAAAGACGAGUAUGAAGCUAUCGGUCCGGAGGCGUCUCUGCACGCUGUGGGAAACGGUGCAGUGCGGCGACUGGACGGCGUCUCGGAGCUCGACGAGUACUUACUGAAACGUAAACUAGAGGAGGGAGACGGUCACCCGGCGACCAUCGCCGAGUACCUACAGCGCAGCGACACCGCCAUAAUUUACCCAGAAGCCCCGGAGGAAGUGACACGACUAGGGACGCCCGAGGCCAUCGGUCAGGACGAGAGCGAGCACGAGCUGCUGUCCGGCACGCCCGACGACUUCGCUCAGCUGCUCACGUGUCCGUACUGCGACCGCGGCUACAAGCGGCUGACGUCUCUGAAGGAACACAUCAAAUAUCGGCACGAGAAGAACGAGGAGAGCUUCGCCUGCCCGCUGUGUGCCGACACUUUCGGCCACCGCACGCAGCUGGAGCGUCACAUGACCACACAUAAACCCGCCAGAGAACAGCCGCCGCCACCGCUCAGCGAAGGAGCUGGAAACCGAAAGUUCAAGUGCAGCGAGUGCGGAAAAGCCUUCAAAUACAAACAUCACCUGAAGGAGCAUCUUCGUAUCCACAGCGGCGAGAAGCCGUACGAGUGCUCCAACUGUAAGAAGCGCUUCUCCCACUCCGGCUCCUACAGCUCCCACAUCAGCAGCAAGAAAUGCAUCGGCCUGAUCGCCGUCAACGGACGAGUACGCAACGGAAACAGCGGCAAGUCCGGCUCCUCCCCCAACUCCGCCACCUCGUCGCCUGGAAGCCCCACCCUCGCUCAGCUGCGCCACACACUGGAGAGCGUGCGGCCGCUCGGCCCUGCGGACCAGCAGCUGGACAUCAAAGCCGAGCCGAUGGACUUCAACGAGUACCGGCUCCUGAUGGCCUCCCAGCACGGGUUUGGGGGGCCGGGGGUGUACCUGAACGGGCGCGGUGGAAGCCCGCUGGGCAUCCACAGCUCCUCCCAGAGCCCCCUUCAACACCUGGGAGGCAUGGGGCUCGACCUGCCGCUGUUGGGCUUCUCAGGCUCCCUCGGGAACAACCUGAGCGAGGUGCAGAAGGUGCUUCAGAUUGUGGAUAACACCGUGUGCAGGCAGAAGAUUGACAGGAACCCCGAGGAGAUCUCGAAGCUCCGGGCCUACAUGAAGGAGCUUGGCGCCCAGAUGGAGGAGCAGAGGCUGGCCCAGGCCGGCUUCCAGGUGGUGUGUCACGGCAGCCCCACAAAGACCAUUAUCGACUACACGCUGGAGAAGGUCAACGAGGCCAAGAGUCUGAUCGACGAGUCUAAGAGACAAGUGGUCAUCAAGAAGGAGAAGCCAAACCACUCGAUGGAUCUCGGCGGGGAGGACAAACCUCACGACGUCCAGUUCCUUCCGUUCUGCUGCCAGUACUGCAAGGAGUCCUUCCCCGGUCCCAUCCCGCUGCAUCAGCACGAGCGCUACAUGUGCAAAAUGAAUGAGGAGAUUAAAGCGGUCCUUCAGCCGGCCGACAACAGCCCCUCCAGACGCAGGGGGGCCGCACCCACCGAGCUGUCCAUUAACGAGCGGGCCAGCAGCCCCGUCAACCCCUUCAAGGACCACGUGUCUGUGCUCAAGGCAUACUUUGCCAUGAACACGGAGCCCAACUCAGAGGAGCUGCUGAAGAUUUCCCUCGCUGUCGGUCUUCCUCAGGAGUUUGUGAAGGAGUGGUUCUCCCAGUGGAAGAGCCAAAACCACCACGGAGGCAGUCUGAGGAGGAAGUCGCCGCCUCCCAACCGCGUCGGACCAGACGUCCAUCACCGCUUCAGCCGGUCACCGAUGUCGCUCCCUACUGCAGAUUUACACGGACGCUUUAUUAACGGUGACGCCUCGCACAGACUCACAAAGGCCAACCAGUUUACAGCCAACAGGCAGACAGCAGGGGACAAAUCACUAGAUCCCUUGGACCACUUGAGGAGCAACACGCCGUCACCCCUCAACCUUUCCUCCACUUCCUCCAAAAACUCUCAGAGUAGCUCUUACACUCCAAACAGCCUGGCUUCUGAGGACGCCCAUGGGGAUAUACCACUGGAUCUGUCGCUGCCCAAACACUUGGCCCAGAAGCUCCUGUCAGCGAGGGAGAAGCGACCCAGGCACAACGGUUUCAACGGUGAGGCGCUAGGACGAGACGUGUCCGGGCCCUUACACCUGGUCAACAUCAAGAAGGAGGUGCUGGGCUCCGACUGUGGAGAGAGCUCCAUCCACCAUCUGGAGAAAAGCACCAGUCCCAUCUUCGGGAUUAAUCCCUUCGCCGGUGGUCCCGUCUACACCUCGCUGCCACCUCAUGGAGCGUUUCCUCCACACACAUUCAUGUCUCCGGCCCAGGCCUCCAUCCCGGGCCUCAGGUCGUACCCGGGCCUCGACCCCAUGAGCUUCCUGCCCCACAUGGCCUACACCUACGCCACCGGGGCGGCCACGUUCGCUGAAAUGCAGCAGAGGAGAAAGUACCAACGGAGAUCAGGUUUCCAGGGCGAGCUGCUGGACGGGACGGCGGACUAUCUGUCGGGCCUGGACGACCUGACAGACAGCGACUCGCUGCUGUCCAGGAAGAAGAUUAAGAAGACUGAAAGUGGUAUGUACGCGUGUGACUUGUGCGACAAAACAUUCCAGAAGACCAGUUCCCUCCUAAGACACAAAUAUGAGCACACAGGGAAGCGUCCUCACCAGUGUCAGAUCUGUAAGAAGGCGUUCAAACACAAACACCAUCUCAUCGAACACUCGCGCCUGCACUCCGGAGAGAAACCCUACCAGUGCGACAAGUGCGGCAAACGCUUCUCGCACUCGGGCUCGUACUCGCAGCACAUGAACCACCGCUAUUCCUACUGCAAGAGGGAGGCGGAGGAGCGUGAGGCGGCCGAGAGGGAGGCCAGAGACAAGGGGGGAGGAGGCGCGGUGGGAGGCCCGGAGCCCACCGAGCUGCUGAUGAGGCGAGCCUACCUGCAGGGGCUUGGUCCGCUCGGGUACUCUGACCCCGAGGACCAGCAGGAGGACGCCGGACUCGGCGGAGGCACGAUCCUGAGGGACGGCAGCGAAGGACGCGAGGAGAGGGACGUGGACGACAAGAUGUACGAGGAGGUGAUGGACAGACGGGAGGCAAGUUUCAGGGAAGGAGAGGAGGACGACGAGGAGGACGAGGACGAGGAAGGAGACGGCAGGAGUCAGAUGGACUCGACGAGGGACGGUGAGGGCAAAGACACGCGGCUGAUGGACGAGAGUUCACGAGAAGGGAAGACAGACGGCAAGUCGGACCCGGAGGACUGAUCCGGAGACAAGAAGAAGAAAAAGCUUUUGAACAUUUGUCACGUUGGCUUCAGAGAACAUGCUUUUAUUGUGAAGGGACUGUACGCGGCAGAGAGGAGACUUUUAUUUUAUUCAACCCCACAUUUAUCUUUUAUUGCAUCUUCCCCGCCUUUAAAGAAAAUAACUCUUUUAUUUCAUUUCAAUCUUAAGUUACCUUAAAAUCUUUUACUUUUAUUUUGACUUUAAUGGCCUGAAAAUCUAAAAGUCUAACUUGGAUCUACAAAAUAAUCUCCAACUCGAUAAUCGAUUAAUGUUUAAAUAAAGUUUCUCCAGAAAAGUCUUUAAAGUCUGUUUUCAAAUAUAAAAAUCUGCUGCUUUUCUGUUUUAUAUUUACGUGACAGAGCAAGACAUUUCCAGACGUUUAAAGACAUUUAAAGACAUUUGAAGAUAUUUAAAGACAAUUAAAGACAAUUAAGAGACAUUUAAAGAUGUUUAAAGACGUGUAAAGACAAUUAAAGACAAUUAAAGUUGUUUAAAGACGUGUAAAGACAUUUAAAGACAUCAGGGCUGUGAGACACUGUGACGGACAUUUUUCACUAUUUUCUGACAUUUUAUAACCGAACAUUAUUAUGAAAAUAAUCGUCAGUCUUUUUAUAUUUUCUUUAAAAACCAGAAAGCUAAAAUCUGAUUUUUACCAUUAGCUACCUUGCUAACAGCUCGUGCUAACGUUUGUUAGCGGUAUUGCUAUUUUAUUCCACACUUUGAAUCUAAAAUUUUUCAUCUUAUGACGCUAACCACAAUGCUAACUUUGUGAUGACUACAUUUAUCGAUACACGGAUUAACCAUUUGGUCUAUAAUAAUGAUGUCUGAAAAUAGUGAAACACAAUUUCUAUUUAAAUGUCUUGUUUUGUCAUAAAUAUUUUCAGUUUACAUAAAGCUUGAAAUUCUAAUUAAACGAGAAAUUCUUCCAAACAUGUCAAACUUUCAUCCGAAACACAUCUGAUCACGAAUACUUACGUGGUACGAUUUUGAUUGUUUAACUUAUUUUUACAUUUAGGUUGUGAGAACCUGGUAAUACUUUGUAUAAAGUGAAAGAAUAACAAACACAGAAACAUGUUCUCUUCUCUUGCGUACAGUCCCGACCCGGAGUCAUGGAGCUGGUGGGAUUGUUAAAGAAUCCACAUUAUGCAAAAAAUAAAAAAUAAGAUAAAAGAAUAAGUAAUAAUUCAUUAUAAUGAAGCUGUUUUUAAUGUACAGUAUUAUAAAGGCCUAAAAGCUGUGUGGUGCUAUAAUGUUCUUAACUUCGUGUCUCGUCGUGUUCGAAACCCCACUUCAGGAAAUUGCACUCGACUCCCGAAUCACUACAAAAUAAAGAAAAUUAAUAAAAAAAAUAAAAGAGGGAAAAAAGCCUCGAACACGCGGUCACUUCCUGUCAGUGUUAUUGUCGUAUUCUUUGUCUCCUUUUACUGUGACGUUUUUUUUUUAUCCUGUUUUCGCCAACUAACCACACUAUUUUGGGCCUCCUGAUUAGUUUUUUAUUUUAAUGUGAAGGAACAUUUAAACCUGUGUGAUUUUCAAAAUAAAAUGUCGAUGUGAGUCUUAAAAGGAGGGGGAGGAGCGGAAUAUGAAAGGGCUCCGUUUUAAAAAGAUAAAAUUAAAAAAGGACAGAGCCUUUUUUUGUGUGUUGAAUUUUUCUCCAGAGAAAGCCUUAUAUGCAAACCUUUCACCUGUUUCUGCAAAGUGCCAUCCCUGUACAGUGUACACCGCCUGUCCUCCGCUCGGCUUCAGUAUUAAUGAAUAUUUCAUCCUGCUUUUCAUUCGUCAGUAUUAGUAUAGAUAGACUGUUAGUUUACAUAUGUUUGUGCAAUUUUCUGUAUUUUAUUUUUUGUUCUAUGACAGUAUUUCUUGUCAGUAUUAUUUUUUUGUUGAAUUUUCCAACAUAAAUUUCAAUUUUCUUUCGUUUUUAUUUGAGAAUUUACCAUUUUAUUUAUGUGACUCAUUUUAUAUUUCUUAAUUUUAUUUAUUUCAUACUGUAGUGUACAGUAUUAGAGUUCCUCACAAAUAGAUAUAUUUUAGUAAGAAUCAUUGAUUAUUGGAGCAGCAAUAUGAAUAGAGCGUCUGCGUAUUUGGAACAUUUUAAUUGUUUUUGUUUUUUGCUUUAUUUCCUUUGAAACUACUGGAAAUUCUAAAUUUGAGGAACUUUUGAUACCAUUAUUGUGAAAACACUGUAUUUUUGAGAGUUAAAAAAAAUCCACUUUAUUCAUCCCGCUGCGGAGGUGACGAAGGACUGAAGAUGAUGAAGAUGAAGAAAACGUCUGAAGUAUUAUUAUUAUUGAAUUUUUAAUUUCUCUUGGAAAUGACCAUGCUCGAAUAAAUGUAGCCAAAUUAAAUUUUAAUAAAACUGUGUUAUUCUU